AUGGGUGGUGCAAGCAGAGAAGGCGGCAAGGUCAAGCCUUUGAAGGCUGCCAAGAAGGACAAGAAGGAGCUCGAUGACGAUGACCUCGCAUUCAAGGAAAAGCAGAGAGCUGAGGCCAAGGCCAAGAAGGAUUUGCUGGACAAGGCCAAGGGCAAGGGCCCAUUGAACACGGGUUCCCAGGGCAUCAAGAAGUCAGGAAAGAAAUAA